GGCCGCGUAAAAGCGCGCGCGUGGACUACAAAUCCCGAUUGGCAUUGCGUGGCUCCGCGGCCAGCGCCUGCGCAGCACGGGCCCGGCGUUUGAGUGGCAAGUUGUUUGUUACAGCGAACACCAGCUGCUGCUGCGCCGGGCGCCGCGCUCCGCCGGGCGCUGUUUGCUUGUCCACCCCGUAGCUUGCUGCACCCCGCAGGUCCUCCCCAGGCCUCCUUUUUUAGCAACUUGCCAAGCUUCCUUUUUCUGGAUCGAGUACGAAUCAGCCCGGCAUCGAGCUCCGGGCCCCCUUCCCUGGGCCGGUUGCCCCACGGCUUGGGGCGCGCAGGGGGCGGGGGCCGCGGCUCGUCCCCGUCCCCCCCCCCCCAACUCGGGCCACCGCGGAUGAUCCGCCGUGGAGGAGCCCUGGGCGGACGAUGGAACUGCACAUUCUGGAACACCGGCUGCAAGUUGCCAGCGUCGCCAAGGAGAGUAUCCCGCUCUUCACCUACGGCCUCAUCAAACUUGCCUUCCUGUCUUCCAAGACCAGGUGCAAGUUUUUCAGUCUGACAGAGACUCCUGAGGAUUACACCAUCAUUGUAGAUGAGGAGGGCUUCCUUGAGCUGCCCUCCUCAGAGCACCUGAGCGUGGCUGAUGCCACCUGGCUGGCCCUGAACGUGGUGUCCGGUGGCGGCAGCUUCUCUAGCUCCCAGCCCAUCGGUGUGACAAAGAUCGCCAAGUCUGUCAUUGCCCCACUGGCCGACCAGAACAUCUCCGUGUUUAUGCUGUCCACCUAUCAGACUGACUUCAUCUUGGUGCGGGAGCGUGACCUGCCCUUUGUCACUCACACCUUGUCCUCCGAGUUCACCAUCCUACGGGUUGUCAAUGGAGAAACAGUAGCGGCUGAGAAUCUCAGCAUCACCAAUGGCUUUGUGAAGCCCAAGAUGGUCCAGAGGCCAGUCAUCCACCCACUGUCUAGCCCAAGCAACAGGUUCUGUGUCACCAGCCUGGACCCUGACACUCUGCCCGCUGUCGCCACCCUCCUCAUGGAUGUGAUGUUCUACUCCAAUGGAGUGAAGGACCCCAUGGCUGCCAGUGACGACUGUGGCCACAUCCGCUUCUUCUCCUUCUCACUCAUUGAGGGCUACAUCUCCCUGGUGAUGGACGUACAGACCCAGCAGAGAUUCCCGAGUCAUUUGCUAUUCACGAGUGCAUCCGGAGAGCUCUGGAAGAUGGUGCGGAUAGGAGGGCAGCCCUUGGGAUUCGAUGAGUGUGGGAUUGUAGCCCAGAUCUCCGAGCCCUUGGCGGCUGCAGAUAUCCCAGCAUAUUACAUCAGUACUUUCAAGUUCGACCAUGCAUUGGUUCCAGAAGAGAAUAUCAGUGGGGUUAUCCAUGCCCUGAAGGUCAGUCAAGCAGGGAAGCAUUAGAAAAGAUUCAUCUCUGGGCAGCUCCUGCCACAGCCCACUUGGGCCUUUCUCCCCCACGAAGGUUAUUCUUGCAGUAUUUCCCUAUGGACUGAAAGCUCGGCCCCAAGACCUUUAAGGAAGGGGCCUCUGGGACACUCCCCUAACUCCUGACUCCUCCAGGCCUGGACCUGUACAGGGCCACCCCAAUCCUCCUCCUGCCUUCCAGAGUCCCCAGCCUUUCCAACAAUGACUCAGUUUCCGCUCAGUGGGGAUGUGCCCAUCUUCCUCCCCCAUGUUCCGCCCCAGAAAGUGGUCUCCGAGGCCCAGGGGGCGUGGGAACAGCCCAAGGCCUCACAUAGAGCCCGCAGCAAACACCAAAAGGAGCUGGCACCUCCUGUGAGACAUUGGGAUUGUGGUCCUGAUGCGCCUAGGGAUAUCUUAGGGAGUUGGUGGAGCAAGAUCGGGGUUGCAGAGUUGGGGAAGCCCCCGUGAGGCCCCCCCAUGAUCGAUGUGUUAGGGUUGCUGCUCUAGUUUUAGAGACUCGGGGGCCGGUUCCCUCAGAAUGGAGGCCAGCCGGCCAGCCUCAGGUCAUAAUGGCCGAUGAGCCUCAGACAGUCAUAGUGGGGUCCCUACCCCUAAGGUGGGGAGGAAAACCAAGACCCUAGAACCCUACCUGCUGACCACACAGGGCCUGUGUCGAUUUCCUCUACAACUGCCAAGAGGGGCCCUGGGCCAAACUUUCCCCCCAGAGCACUUGUCCCUGGAGGGGAUCCCAGGACACCUCCUCUCCCACCAGCCUAGAGCGCCAGCUUCUGUCCUUUGUUCACUCUCCCCAGACCCGACCUGGGCAAACAAAGACUCUGCUUCUUCCAGCAACAGGCAUCCAUCCCCACUGCCCAGGCCUAGGGUGCCUUGGGCCACGUCCCCCCUCCCCAGCUGUCACUUAGACCAGCCUAGAGGCUUCCCCUUCAUCUUCUCUACCCCACUUUUAGGGGAUGAAGAGGCCUCGGCCCCCGCAGCUCAUAUUCCUGCCCAAAAUACACACAGCAAGCAGUCUGUGGUCACGGUGACGCCUGGGAGGCGGCUAUCUGGGAGCAUCUGUAGCGGGUUUCUUCUUUGUUGUUUUGGCAUACAGGUGGCUGGGGAGAGGGUCCUUUUGUUUGGAGAGGGUGGGGCCUGUUUGAGUCUUAUUAGGGUGCCCAGGGUUUAGUGGGACUUAGCACCCUAUAUCUCCGGAGACAGACACAAAUGCAAAGAUGUAUCGUAAGAAUCUUGGCCAAGCCUUCUGAGGAGGGCUAGUGGGAGCAGAGCUCAGACACAAGACACUAGAACCCCAUAGCACCCCUUACAGGGCAUCCCAGAGUACCGCCACCUGCGUGUGGCGCUGUUAGCUGGGACUGCGGGGGUCCACCAGACUUUUUGCUCUUGGGGUGUUUUCUUGGGCCAGUACUUCGAGGUCUCCAACAACAAGGUCAGAGGAGGGAAUGUUUAUUUGCCCCUGCACAGUCUUGUAUGAACUACGUUUCUCUCCUCUCUGGGCUGCAGAAACACACCCGGGGUGGAGGAACUAUUCUAGGAUCAUGUAGAAGCUCAGAACCCAGCAUGUUUAAUCAAAAUCACCUCUGGUUGGUUUUGGUGGGUUUGGUUUGGUUUUGGUUUUGGUUUGUUUGGUUUUUUAACUCCUUUUGCACAAAACCCUUAAAACCAAAUCUUAUUGUUUUCUGGUCCCGAAUGGGAAAUGGCCAAGUGGGCGGGGCUUUAUAGCGAGGCCCCUGGAAGGCCUUGAUUAUCCGGGGUGCACCUCUCCGGAACCCCUUCUGUCUCCCUUUCCAGUUAUCCCUUCCCACCGUGUAAGUGUGCUGGCCCCCUGCCCCCCUGCCCCAGAGUUGUGUGGCCCCCUAGACUUGCUAGGAUGAGACUGUGUAUUGUACACACCUAUAAAUACGUGUUUUAUGUUGAUAGAGAUAUAUUCUGUAAAUAGCAUAUAUACUUGAGCAAUAUAUAUGUUAAUAUAUUCUGUGUGCGCAGGACACAGGCAAGGGCCCCACCUCAUGUGCGCGCACUCGGGGACAUUUUGAGCCACCGUAUAUUUUUAAUUCAAAUAUGUAGGCAAUAUGAAUAUUGCAAAAGCCCUGGGGUCCUGAGGCCAGCCUGGAAGGAAGACAGAACCAACAGCCUACUGUGUGGGGCAGGCUGAGAGGGCCAGUGUGGUCUGCUUCAUAGC